AUGGGAGCCUGCCAGUCAUGUUGCGGAGGGAGAGCCCGCGAUGGUCUCUACGAACCAGUUCUCGCCGAUAGCGAAAGAGAAGCUGUUGCCGACCUUCUUCAGUAUCUCGAGAACCGGGGUGAAACCGACUUCUUCUCAGGCGAACCCCUUCGAGCUCUCAGCACCCUCGUCUUCUCCGAAAACAUCGACUUGCAACGGAGCGCAAGUCUGACUUUUGCCGAAAUCACAGAGCGAGAUGUUCGCGAGGUCGAUCGUGACACUCUCGAACCGAUCCUCUUUCUUUUGCAAAGCCCCGACAUUGAGGUUCAGCGCGCCGCCAGCGCGGCACUAGGAAAUCUGGCGGUCAACACCGAAAACAAGGUUCUGAUUGUCCAGCUCGGUGGACUUACGCCACUCAUUAGGCAAAUGCUGUCGCCAAAUGUUGAAGUACAGUGCAACGCAGUUGGGUGUAUCACGAAUUUGGCCACACAUGAGGAGAACAAGGCAAAGAUUGCGCGCUCUGGCGCCUUGGGCCCUCUGACGAGGCUGGCAAAGUCUCGGGACAUGCGGGUUCAGAGGAACGCGACUGGAGCUUUGCUCAAUAUGACACAUUCAGACGAGAACCGCCAGCAACUCGUUAACGCCGGCGCGAUUCCGGUUCUCGUCCAGCUUCUCUCCUCGUCUGACGUCGACGUCCAGUACUACUGCACGACGGCUCUCAGCAACAUUGCAGUCGAUGCUAACAACCGACGCAAACUUGCCCAGACGGAGUCAAAGCUCGUCUCUUCGCUGGUCACGCUUAUGGAUUCUUCAUCGCCCAAAGUUCAGUGCCAGGCAGCGCUCGCCCUUCGCAACCUUGCUUCUGACGAGAAGUACCAACUCGACAUUGUGCGAUCAAACGGUCUCGCGCCUUUGCUUCGACUUCUGUCUUCAUCCUACCUUCCUUUAAUUCUUUCCGCCGUCGCUUGCAUACGAAACAUCUCGAUUCACCCCCUCAAUGAGUCGCCCAUCAUUGAGGCUGGCUUCCUGAAGCCCCUUGUAGACUUAUUGGGCUCUACCGAGAACGAAGAGAUCCAGUGCCACGCCAUCUCAACCCUUAGGAACCUUGCUGCCAGCUCUGAUCGUAACAAGGCCCUCGUCCUUGACGCCGGCGCAGUUCAAAAGUGCAAGCAGCUCGUCCUCGACGUGCCGGUUACCGUUCAGUCCGAGAUGACCGCUGCGAUUGCUGUUUUGGCUCUUAGCGAUGAGCUCAAGUCUCAUCUUCUCAACCUCGGCGUCUUCGAAGUUCUUAUUCCUCUUACUCAUUCGCCUAGCAUCGAGGUCCAGGGCAACAGCGCUGCAGCUCUUGGCAAUCUCUCUUCGAAAGUGGGAGACUACGCGGUUUUCGUCCAGGACUGGAAAGAACCCAAUGGCGGUAUCCACGGAUACUUGACGAGAUUCCUUCAGAGCGGCGAUGCUACAUUCCAGCACAUAGCAAUCUGGACUUUGCUUCAGUUGCUCGAAUCCGAGGACAAAAACCUCAUCCAGUUGAUUGGCCAAGCACAAGACAUUGUCGAUCAGAUCAAGGAAAUCGCCAACCGCCAGAUCGAGCCGGAUAACGAGUUCGAAGACGAUGAUGAAGGCGAAGUUGUUAACUUGGCACAGCGGUGUCUCGAGCUCCUUGGCCAGAGCGGCUCGAAGUCUCACAUUGAAGGUUAA